AUGGUUUCAUUACUUCAUGCUUAUUUAAACUAUUCUUUGAAUAAUGAAUGUCCGCAAUCAGGUAAAAUUAAUUUACUUAAACAACAUUAUCGAAAUGUUUUACCACGUUCAAUUGAUUAUUAUUUAUUAAUUGAUAGUUUGAAUUUAUUAUUUGGUGUUGUAUAUGAAUUUUUUUCAAAAGAUUCAAUAGCACAUGGAAUUUAUUUACAAAGUUUAGAACCAUAUAUAUUAACAAAUCGUUUUGAUACAAUAUUACCAACUGUUUUAAAAGAUUUUAUUAAUUAUUGUAUUGAUAAUAAUAAUUUAAACCAAUUAGAACAAUGUUUAGAUCGUCUUAAUGUAUCAUGUCUUGAUCUUGAUCAAAUAAUAGAAAUAACAAGAAAAUAUGAAGUUUAUAUGACAUUAUUACAUAUAUAUAGUAAAGGUUUUAAAGAUUUUACAACGAUUUUAAAAGAAAUUAUUGAAAAACUUGAAGAUAUUUUUAUUGGAAAUAAUGGUACUAGUUAUAGUACAAAAAUGACUUUAAUUGGUAAUCAAGCUCUUGUUUUUAUUCAAACAAUAUUAGUUGGUGAUAUGUAUUCAUUUAGUGGUCGUCUUUCAUACGAUAUGGUACAUUUUAGACGAAAUGAAAUAGUUGAUUUUCUAUCUUAUUUACAUCUACGUCGUACAGGUGGUUUACUUUAUAAUAAUUUACGAAUAUUACUUUAUUUUAAUACUCAAAAUUUUUUUAAUUUGUUAACAAUGGCAUUUCAUAACGAGGAAUUUUUAUAUGAUAUUGAUACAUUAACAAGACGAAUAUUUUGUGAUAUAUUACUUCGUGUUAUGGUUGGUGAUGUUCAAUUUUCAUCUCAUCAAAUAAGUAUUUUGUUUAAUUGUUUAUCAAGACAAUUAGCGAAAUCUGGACAACAACAUAUAUUUGUUCAAGGAAUGUUAUUUGAACAGAGUUGUUUUUCAUAUACAGAUGAUACAAAAUCUCCUUUUUGUUCAUCAAUAACUCAUAUUGAUCCAUCUCAAUUAUUAUCAUUUCUUAAAACUAAAUUGAAAUAUUAUCGUGAACAAGAUGUUCUUGAUGUAAUACAAAAAUAUCAAGCAUCAUUAUUAAUACCAUCAAUUGUUUAUUUACUUGAACAUUUUAGUCAAUAUACCAAAACAUUUGAUCUUUUAUUAAAAUCAAUGCAUUAA